AUGCUUUUCUUGAAACAUAGCUUUCUCUUCCUCUUUCUGUUUGGAUGUCUUGCCUCAUCAUCAUCAGCAUCUCCAAAUUACAAUGAUAUUUACUGUCCAAACAACAAAACCUAUGAAUCCAACAACACAAUAUUCAAUACAAAUCUCAAUGUCCUCCUCUCCACUAUGGUCACCAACGCCACCCAAGGCGCUGAUACCUACUCUCCCAUCAUGGGUUUCGGAACCAGCAACGCCGUCAAUGGUGCUUUCCUCUGCCGCGGAGAUGUUAACUCCACUACAUGUAUGGAUUGUGUAACCACUGCAGCCACGGAUAUAACACGCCGUUGUCCCAACCAAACAGAGUCAAUUAUAUGGUACGAUGAAUGCAUGGUGCGUUAUACUAACCGUUACUUUGCUCCCACCAGUAUUGUCCCAAGAGCGAAUAUAAACAACGGCAAAAACAUCUCUACCUCGAAAGUGGAUGUCUUUAAUCAAAUGUUGUUAGGUUUCUUGGGAGGUUUGGCUGGAGAAGCUGGAAAUUCUCAGACAUCGAAGAUGUUUGCGACCGGUGAAGCAAACUUCAAUUUAAGCGGUGGUACGAAUAAGGUGAUUACGGUUUAUGGGUUGGCGCAGUGUGUGCCCGGUGUGACGAAUGUUCAGUGUCAGGAUUGUUUGGUAAAUGCAUCAAGAACUCUUUUGACGUGUUGUGAAGGAAAACAAGGUGCAAGAGCCUUGCUUGCGUGGUGUAAUAUCAGAUAUGAUUUGCAACGGUUUUACAAUAUAACCGAUGAAUCAGCUUCAACACCGGGUUCUCCUUCAGGAAAGAACAAGUCCAAGUCAAAAACAAGGGCCGUCUUGAUUGUUGUUCUUGUCACCGGGUCAACAAUUCUGUUUUGUUUGGGCUGCUAUUUUGUCAUGAGAAGAUCAAGCUGGAGGAAAUAUAAAACUCUUAUGAGAGAAAAUUUUGGUAAUGAAAGUUCCACGUUAGAAUCACUACAAUAUAAUUUGGCGACCAUUGAAGCAGCCACAAAGAAAUUUUCACCUGAGAAUAAAAUAGGCAAGGGAGGAUUUGGAGAAGUUUACAAGGGUAUUCUUGUAGAUGGAAGGGAAAUAGCUGUAAAGAAGCUAUCUCAAACUUCAGGACAAGGUGCAGCAGAGUUCAAAAAUGAGGUUUUACUAAUAGCCAAACUUCAACAUAGAAAUUUGGUGACCUUAAUAGGUUUUUGCUUGAAAGAGCAAGAGAAAAUGCUGAUUUAUGAAUACGUGUCCAACAAAAGUCUCGAUUACUUUUUAUUUGAUCGCAACAAGUCCAGACUAUUACACUGGUUUGAACGAUACAAAAUCAUAGAAGGAAUUGCACAUGGAAUACAUUAUCUGCAUGAUCAUUCAAGAUUGAAAAUUAUUCAUCGUGAUCUCAAACCUAGCAAUGUAUUGUUAGAUGAUAAUAUGAAUCCUAAAAUAUCUGAUUUUGGCAUGGCAAGAAUGGUGGCUCUAGAUCAAGAUCGAGGAAGUACAAAUAGAAUUGUUGGAACAUAUGGCUAUAUGUCUCAGGAAUAUGCAAUGCAUGGCCAAUUUUCAGAAAAAUCAGAUGUCUUCAGUUUUGGAGUCAUAAUUUUGGAGAUAAUUAGUUCAAAAAAGAAUGCUCGUUCUCUUUUAUCAAAUAACACUGAUGACCUCUUGAGUCGUGCUUGGAGACAAUGGAGGGAUCAAACACCAUUAGAACUAAUAGACAAAGAUAUAAAAGAAUCAUGCAAUCCUAAAGAAGCCAUUAAAUGCAUUCAAAUUGGUUUAUUAUGUGUUCAAGAAAAACCUGAUGAUAGACCUUCAAUGGCAAAUGUUGUUUCGUAUCUCACUAGCCCAUCAGCUGAGUUGCCGAUUCCUGGAGAACCAACUAAGCCUAUGCAUAGUGGAUUACUGCAAACAGCGGUAGCAGGGGAACUGAGUUCAACUUCUACAUCAACAGUCAAUGAAAUGUCUUCAUCAGUUGUACCAAGUUCUACAUUCUAGUUUACAUCUUGGAUAAUCUUCUUAGCAAUAGUCACAUUCCUUUGAAAACAUUCCUUUUAAGAGUGGAAACCUAAUUUCCACUAUGUAAGAAAGUUUGUACCUUUGGAGUUUGGAGGAUGAGAGCAAUGUUGA